CCCCCUUUUGGCAUUGACAUUCUUUGUCGCUUUUGCCUGCGACAGUAGUUUGAUGAGAAAUCGGGCAAUGCAAAGUCUAUGUACGAGUUUUUAUAAACUCUUCGUAACUUUGUUUUUUUUUUAAUUGCGAACGUAUUCAGUUAUAUCGGUUUCUACUCUUUAAGGAAUAAGUGAUAUGAUAAAAAAUCUAUAGGAUUUUAAAGGGGUGGUUUUAUUUAUAUUUGGACAACUUGUGUGUGCACUAGUGAACAAAAUGCUGGAAUUUUAUCCCCAUCAUCCUCAUCACCAUUUGGGUUUGAAUUCUGGAAUGCUUCAUGGUGAACAUGGAGGACCAUUACCAGGAACUGAAUGUAAUGGUAGAACAGACUUGCCGAACCCGGCUUCCGUCAUCAAACGGGAACAAUUGCAUGAAAUCUGCGAAUGUUGCGGUCAAAAAAUCCAGGACCGGUAUCUUAUGCGAGUAGCGGAUGCUAGUUACCACGAACACUGUCUUUGUUGUAGCGUAUGUGGAGUUCUACUGUCACAUUCCUGUUAUACUAGAAAUAUGAAACUUUAUUGCAAGACUGAUUACGAUAGGAUAUUUGGCGUCAAAUGUUCCCGCUGCGGAGACCGACUGCUACCUCAAGAAAUGGUUAUGCGAGCCCAACAUCACGUGUAUCAUUUACCAUGUUUCAUAUGUGUGGUAUGUUGUCAGCCACUUCAAAAAGGGGAACAAUUCGUAUUAAGAGCAGGACAACUUUUUUGUAGACAGGACUUUGAAAAGGAAUUGUACCUUAUGCAACAAACCCACAGCGGAGACGAAGAUCUUAUGGAAGAGGGUAGGCCGAGGGACGGCAGAAGAGGACCUAAAAGACCAAGAACUAUUUUAACAUCAGCACAACGGCGACAGUUUAAAGCUUCUUUUGAGGUCAGUCCAAAGCCAUGCAGAAAAGUUCGAGAGGCGCUCGCCAAAGAAACCGGAUUAAGUGUCAGGGUAGUGCAAGUCUGGUUCCAAAAUCAACGGGCCAAAAUGAAAAAAAUACAAAGGAAACAGAAGCAAGAUGACCGGAAAUCACCUAGUGAUAAGGAUAAAAGUGAGAAGGACGAGAAAGCGAUCAAGCAAGAAUCGAGUCCUUCGAGUAGCGAAUUCGGAAUGGGUCUUGGGUUUGUGAAUAGCGGUAAACCCUUGAACCCAAAUAUGCCAUAUUCGCCCGACGACAACUACCCAGCCCACUCAGGAGAAUCUUUUUGUAGUUCAGACAUAUCCCUUGACGAUAGUACAAAUUUCGAUCAGCUCGACGAAGGAACUUCGGACACCAUGUCGAUUCAAAACAUGGAUUUGCAAUCGCAGUCACAUCACCACGAGAAUUCGACUCCUGGUACCGUAACGAAUCCGAUCGAUAAGCUUUAUCUUAUGCAAAAUUCCUAUUUUAGUGGAGACCAUUGAAACUCUCGUUAUAAAAAUGGUGCAAUUUUGGAGUCAGAUUCGCUAAAUUUUAUAUUAAUGUUUACAGAUAAUGCAAAAUAACAUAACAUUCGGGGUAUCUUAAUUUCGAGGCUUUCCAAAGUUAAAAUAAAAUUAUUUUUUUCGGAUUUAUUUAUAAUUGGCCAGAAUAUUUUGAUUUCUUAAACAUCAUAUUACACAACUUUACCCUGCAUACCAGAUUAUGACGCAUAUUUUACUAUUUUUGCGAAGAGUAACUCACUUUGAGAUAUUCUCGUAUUAAAUUGUUAAUGGUUCCAAACAUCCUUUACAAAGUAUAUUAAGAUUCUAUAA